GCCGAUGUGUUCUUAUAAAUACCAGGCGGCGCAGCGCUGAGCCCUCAAAAUAAACUUGACACCGUGAUUCAUUCUCUUUGCAGGAGAAACUCAUCUAUUGUGACCGCCAUGUCCGAGACGGCUCCCGAGGCUCCGGCGGAGGCGGCUCCUGCGGCCCCCGCAGCGAAGAAGGCCAAGAAGGCGGCGCCGAAGGCCAAGAAGCCGCGCAAGGCCUCCUCGGGCCCGAGCGUGACGGAGCUGCUGACCGAGGCGGUGGCGGCGUCCAAGGAGCGCAGCGGGGUCUCGCUGGCCGCGCUCAAGAAGGCGCUCUCGGCCGCGGGCUACGACGUGGAGCGGAACAACAGCCGCCUCAAGCUGGGCCUCAAGAGCCUCGUGGCCAAGGGCACGCUGGUCCAGACCAAGGGCACCGGCGCCUCGGGCUCCUUCAAGCUCAACAAGAAGCCUCCCGGGGACAGCAAGGCGGCGGCCAAGAGGAAGGCGCCCGCCAAGAGGCCCAGCGCGGCCGCCAAGAGGCCGGCAGGGGGCGCCCGCAAGAGCCCCAAGAAGCCCAAGGCCGCCGCCGCCGCGCCCAGGAAGAAGAGCCCCAAGAAGACCAAGGCCGCGCCGGCCAGGAAGUCCAAGGCCGCCGCCAAGAAGCCCGCCAAGAGCCCCAAGAAGACCAAGGCCCCCAGCAAGCCCAAGCCGAAGGCCAAGAGCCCCAAAGCCAAGCCCAGGCCGGCCAAGAGCCCCAAGGCCAAGAAGACCAAGGCGGCGCCCAAGAGAAAGUGAGCACACACACACCCCGCCGCCACCCCAACGGCUCUUUUCAGAGCCACCCACACGCUCCACCCGAAAGAGCUGAGACACUCCCAAGUCCCAGGUGCAAAUGGUGACGGAAGAUGGCUCAUCUGGUGUCCAAAACAAGACCUUUGUGUUUGGCUACUGAGCACAAAGAGCUUUUGUCAUGUUUUGGACACCGGAAGGAUUUUUGGCAAUAGCCCAUUUCCUAGAGAAGUAGUGUCUAUCAGACCUCUGAACAAACCUCAAGAUUCUUGCUACAGAUGCAGGCGAAACGCCAGGAAAGAAUGCUACUGGAAGUCACAGUAACCCAGUGCCUGCAUCCCUUGUUCAAUAUAGGCUGGAUCGACACUGCCAUAUAAUCCAGUUUCUAAAUCCAGAUUGUCUGGUUUUAUCUGCUUUGAACUGGGUUAUAUGUUGUCUCCACACUGUCAUACCAAGUUCAAAGCAGAUCAUUGGGAUUCAGAAACUGGAUGAUACGGCAGUGUAGAUGGGCCUUUAGAUUCAUAAUUCCUCUUAUAUCAAUUUAUUUCCAAAUGUUUGCUGAACCUUGGCGUGAGAAGGUGGAAAGUAAACAAAACCUAUUGAAAUCAAGUGAUCGAUAAUCACGAGCCUGAACUCGGUACUUAAUUUUCUUAACUGACGUUAAGAGGGAUUUAGUGACAUUGCUUGAGCUGUCCUGGGAAUCCUGUACAUCGUAGUCCUACGAUUUAUUUAUUUACUACAUUUAUAUCCCGCCUUUCACACCCUGAAGGGGACUCAAGAGUGGCUUACAAAUUGUAUGUACAUACAAUAUAUUAUUAGCACAGCACAAUAUUAGCAUUAUAUAUUACUGUAUUGAACUAUACUGCUAUAAAGGUAAAGGUUUCCCCUGGUGUUAAGUCCAGUCGUGUCUGACUCGGGGUUGGUGCUCAUCUCCAUUUCUAAGCCGAAGAGCCGAUGUUGUCUGUAGACAUCUCCAAGGUCAUGUAGCCGGCACGACUGCAUAGAGCGCCGUUACCUUCCCGCCGGAGCGGUACCUAUUGAUCUACUCACAUUGGCAUGUUUUUGAACUGCUAGGUUGGCAGAAGCUGGAGCU